UAAAUUUUUUGUAAAAUUUCAUAAAAAUUGAAAAAUAAUAAAAUGGCAGUGUCAACUGCUAUGUUCCUAUUUGAAGUAGUAGUAGAAAAUGUAAAAAGUCUGGUAGAAAGCCGGCAAUUAAUGAUAAAAAGUGAAUUUGCAGACAUUUUUUCCUUGGAGCUUAAAGACCCAAAGCAGAUGCAUAUUGUUAUUCCUGAACCGCCUCCCCUACCACCAGAGCCACCUGGAAAAAAGGGUAAAAAAGCGAAACCCAAGCCCAAAAAAGGUAAAAAAGGCAAAGUAGAAGAACCGCCACCUGAACCAGUUAUACAAUCCGGACAAUCGGUUUUAUUCACAAGUAGUGCAGAAUUUUUAAUUCAAAACAUGAAAAAGUUUCCUUUAGAAAUGUCUCUAUGGAGUAAGGAAGACAACUAUUCUUACAUUGGAACCACAUACAUACCAUGGGAUCCAAUGUUUUACACUUAUUUAGAGAAGAUUUGUAACGCCGAAGAACCGCCACCAGUUACAUUAAAUGAAGAAUACAAUAUUUUUGAGGAGGGUACUGCAAAGUUAAUGGCGAAGAUAAGUAUACAAGUUAAACUAACUUAUUUGACAGAUAAAGUAACAACGUGCUUUCGCACACUUUCUGAAGAUCCUACAGUUAAGAAAGUUUUAUACACAGGAAUCAAUUCUAAGACAACGUCAUAUAUUUGCACAUUGAAAACAACCGAUGAAGAUUUUGAAGAAAACUGUAAUAAAAUAGAAAACAAUUUCGUAAAAGAUAAACCAAAACCGAAUAAAAUGGUCUUCGCCGAUUACAAAAACGCACCUGGUGCUAAUCUUACAUUCUUCAAUGAGGGUGACUAUUGCUGCAUGAGUCAUGCGGACAAGCCCCCUGAAUCCAUUUAUAAGUCACCAGAAACGUGCCCAGAUAUCAACUUCAUUAUUGACUAUGUAAGAAAAAUUAUCGUAUCAUGCAAUGAUAACAUGAGAAUGUUAACACCUCAGCCGACUAUAAAACCGAGAAUCAAAGCUACAGAUAUUGAUAGGUUUUGCUACUGCAGAGAAACGAGUUGGCCUGGAGGACAAUUUGCUGAAAGGUUUAGGAAGGAAGCACAGUCGGCUCCAUGUCCGAUGUGUAUUCAUGCUGGAAAGAGACCACCAGGCUCUCGUGCAGCUACUUUCGAUAUAGCUAAUAUACGAGGCCCUUGUGGUAGAGCAGAUUGUAGGAUUGCACGAGAUUUACGAGCGUAUAUUGAAAAACUUGUUGAGGAAGAUGACAAAGAAAUCAAUAUUAACGAUAUAAUAGGCCCAUGCGGUAGUAAAGAAUGUUCUCUUGCUGAGAAAAUCCAAGAGUUUUUGCGGCAUGAAGGCGUAUUUAGUCAGGGUAGUACACUGGAAGGAUUGUCAACCCAAUGUGCGUGCGUUAAGCAAAUGCAAGAUGCUUUAAAGAAGAAAGAUAUUUGUGAUAUACUUUGUACUAAAGAAUGUGACAAUACUGAUAGCGAGGUCAGCCAAUGUGAAGGUGAAGCAUGUCCACAUCGUGAUCCCAAUAACAAAGUACAAGUAUAUGAUGUUUAUUACUUUACUGUGGAACAUGACUUUACUAAUAAAAGUUCAGGCACAUCUUCGCCAGCAUCUGAAAAAUCGUCUAAAUUUAAAUAUUGCUCAACUGACUGCCCAAGUACAAAAACUUCUGAAAAAGUAUCUUGUUCUAAAACUACCUGCUCCACUUUGACAAAUAAAAAGGACGAUGAACUUGAAGAAGAAGAUAAAUGCCGUGAUCCUGAAUGUCCAGUAAAAAGUCCAUUUCCACCGAGUCCUGCUGAUAGCGAUAUAGUAGUUCAUUUUGCUGAUAUUCAUAACCCAUGCUGCGUUAAAUCGUGCGAUGUAGCUGAAAAAGUUAAAGAUUUUAUUGUGGACGGAGUUCUGAGCAAAAAGGCUAAAUCUGUACCUGACGAUGAUCCUUGUUACUGCGAUUGUGUAUGUACCUUUAAAUUCUCGAAUAAAACAACGUAUUGUGCAGUAUGUGGAGGUUAUGAGUGUUUGGGUGAGGAUGUGAAAAAUAUGCCAGAUUAUGCGAAACCACACCCAUGUCCUGUAUAUCAUAAAUUAUAUGAUAAGAAAUACAUAAAAGUCCCAAAUCCUUGGCCAGAAGAAGAAAUAAGAUGUGCAGGAAAGCAACCAGACACAAUUAGUAAUAAAAGCUCAAGAACAACUGGAUCGAGGCUCACUACGGCCGAUAAGAAAUUUGGUGCAUCCAGAUCAACCAAAUCAUUUGCUGAAAGAAAAUCUGAUAAGAAAGAAAGGAGUUCCGAAAAGGUAAAAAAAACUAAACAAGAGAAAAAGAAGGUCGGAAAAUUUACUGCAAAUGUUGAACAACCGCCGCCGCCAUCCCCGCCAGUAGAAAGGAAACCGGAGCCAAAGUAUCCCUACCCACCCGUUCCUAAACACAUGGGAUGGAAUUGGACUGCAGAAGAUAUUCCUGGCAUGAAGCCCCGUCCCAAUUGGAGGCCUGGCGCAGCUAAUAAGAUUUUAGUAAGGCGGUACAGAGCAUUACUAGAAGGUGUUGAUAUUGUUGCUAAGAAAAAACGUGCCAUGAUGCAACGCAAAAAGAAAGCAGAAAUCAAGCCAACACUUAUUGUAAAAAAACAUGAUGGAGAAUAUACCGUUCAAAUGGAGGUUUUUAAGAAAUAUUCAAAAGAACGCCUGUUAUUUCAAUAUCCGUACGACGAGAAACCUCCCUUGAUUUAUACAAUAGGAAAAACUGAAGAGGAAAAAUGUAAAAUAAGAAAACAGCGCGAACGAAGAGAGCGUCGAGAAACGAGAAGAAAAAGUCGCCUUCUUCAAUCUACGUUUAGAGACAAAUGUCAAGAAAUUUGUUUAAAAGCAUAUAAUCAAGCAAUCGGCUUGUUACCUUUACCCAAUCCUAAUGAUCCUGAAUGUCCGUGUCACACCGAUGCAGUGCAAAAUUUGUCACCACCAAUAGAUUCAUGCUCUUGUUCUGAUGAAGGAAGUAUAUCGAGUAGUGACACCGAUGGAGAUGAAUGGGUCGUAGAAUUUACACCACCUGCCGCCGUCUGGGAUGUAAGGGCUAAACAUCCACCAGUUCUAGUAGAUAAUGAAUCUCAAUAUACUUAUUUAGAUUACAAAGUCAAGUUACUUGAUAAAAGUGGGAAUCCUGUGCCAAGAUUUUUCAAAGGUCCUGAUGGCAAACAAGAAUGUAGUGACUUAGGAGGCUUUUGGGGUCCAAAUCACGUCUGGUUAGAAAUAAAUAAAGACGGUUAUUUAGGACCAGAUAAUAGAUGGGUUCCCAUGAACUUUACUGGACCCGAUGGAAUGUAUUACUCAGCUGAAGAAGGUUUCUUUACUGAUAAUACAGGACAAUUAUUAAAAAUCGGUAUUGAUGGAUACAUUGACAAAGAUGGAAAAUGGGCAUGGUACAGUAGGAGGGGAGGAAGAAGUCCAAAGUCAAAAUCUACGGUAACGGGUACUACAGUUGACUCUAAGAAGUUCGGAAGAGGAAAUAAACCACAGCCGCCCACUACUCCACCCGCAAAAAGUAAAUCGGGUGCUGCACCUCAAGCAAAUAUCAAAAAACCCGCCGCUAAUCAGCCAACUACGAAAGGAGCUGAUAAAGUAAAGAAAACAGUUUCAUAUUCAUCCGCUAAAGCUAAAAGUCCAGUAGUAAUGAAUGUGUCCGUCAAUUAUGAAAAGAACAGAUCGCCUCAACCUGAUUGUAGAUACUACAUGGAUCCCAAAACGUUGGCAAAAUAUAAGGAAAUUAUGCGAGAUCUCUCAAUGUACGAUGAUUUAAUGUGUGAACUUAAACCUCCGAUGAAGAUGAAUCGAGCAUCAAACACGCCAAAGAAGAGAUUUAAUUCGUUCUCUGUCUAUAAUAAAGGCCGAAAUAUGACCAAUAUAUCCGAAAUAAUGUCUACUGUAAAUAAAACCUAUGAUGUCACGGCGUGUAAUUAA